AUGAAGCUUAAAUAAUUUACAGAAGUAAUAACAGUCGUCAAAAUGAUAAUAUUUGAAGAUAUUUUAUUCUAGUAGCAAGCAUUGGAUAUGAAAUUCUCAUCGUAUCAUUUAAGAUAUAAAUUGAUUUAUUUAUUAUUUGCAAGGUAUAUGGUUAAGAGAAUGUGUGGAUAUUAAUAAAACAAAACCAUAAUUAAACAAUAUUUUUAUUAAUAUAAUAUGUAUUAAAUAUUCAGAACAAUCAAGAUGAUGAGACAUAUCAUUCGACCCAUAAGAUUUAGUGCACCUAUUGUGGCUACCAAUAACUACUUAAAUUUAUACAAUCUGAAUCAGUUUUAUCUGUCUCUCCUAAUUGAGACUAAUGAGGAGGAUGAAGAAUUUAUGUAAGUAAAACUAGAACCGAAUAUUCAUAGGUCAAUUAAGAAAGAGAAAUGUGUUGUCCAAAAUUGA